AUGCAGGUUGACGAUAAAUUCGUCAAGGAGAUGUUUCUAGGGAGUCUGCCUGCAGAUGUUCAAACGAUCUUGGCGUCCGGUUCUCAAGAUCUCACGGUCUCACAGGUGGCUGAAAUGGUGGAUCGAAUGAUAAAGGUACAGUGGUUUCAGCCGCCUUCCGUUGCCCAGAUCUCCAAAUCCUUAUCGACAGUGAAUGAGCAGUUAAUGAAGCAGGUGUCGGCUAUGGCGGAUGAGAUGGCCUCCCUUAAACUGCAGCUCGCACGCCUUACUUCUAGUCGCUCACGCAGCCGUCGUCGUUCCCGUUUGUGACCUCGGAUUGCCAAUACUUGUUGGGAUCAUACUAAUUUCGGUGUAAAGGCCUGUCGCUAUUCCUCAGCCUGCUCUUUAAAGUUGAAACAGAGAAACCGGUCAGUCAGAGAAUAGACGCGCCCAUUUUCUUUGGCUCUUCCGACUCUGGUCGCGCCUUCUAUGUUUGCAACAUUGCGACUCGCAGACGUUUCCUGGGGAAUACUGGAGCCCAAAUCAGCGUUCUUUCUCCAACUCCAGCUGAUCGUCGUUUUCCCAGCCCUGAUCUUCACCUCCAAGCUGCCAACUCUUCCUCCAUUCCCACCUUUGGCAGUCUGUCCCUCACCCUGAACAUUAGCCUUUUGCUGUCGUUCACCUGGAUAUUUGUGAUUGUUGAUGUCCCUCAUGCAAUCAUCGGCUCGGACCUUCUUGCCGAGUUCGAUCUCGGCAAGCGUCGGUUUGUGGAGAUGUCGGAAGUUGCGGCUGCCUUGGCGUUAUCCACGAAGACGAUGGGCUCCAUGAUUAGUUUCGCGAGUCUUCGGUAG